GGGCAACUGAAAAAUUUAUACCACUUAAAUCAACAAUAUAUAUAAUUAUAAUUCUAUUACUUCAAUGGAAUGACUUGCUAAUAAUUCAUUUCCAAAAUGGCAAAAUCACAUGAUUAAUGCCCAUGUCGGCCAUUUACAGCCUCGUCAACAGUACUACACCACAUCCGUCUUAUAUUAAAAUUUAAUGGGAAGAAUCCAUGCUCAACAGAUUACUAUGUAAUGUUAUAUAUAUAUACAUAUGUACUGCUGAACAUCAUAUAGAAACUUAUUUCAUGAGUAAAAAAAUGGCUACACUUUUAUUGCCUAAUAACUAUGAAGUUUGCCUUUGUUGUUACACCUUGAUAGUUUUAGUGCCUUCUUUAUAUCUAAUAAACAGAUUUGUGUUAAAGAAAAUAAAGGAUCGUAAUUAUCAACAUCAAUCCACAUGUGACAUUCCUCCUGGCUCUCGAGGUCUACCAUUUAUAGGAGAAACUUUACACUUCAUGGCUGCCAUCAAUAGUACCAAAGGAUUCUAUGAUUUCGUUAGAGUUCGCAGCUUGAGGUAUGGGAAUUGUUUUAGAACCAACAUAUUUGGGGAAACGCAUGUGUUUGUUUCGAGCACUGAGUCAGCGAAAGCGAUUCUGAAGAACGAGUCAGGGAAGUACAGUAAAAGAUACAUAAGGUCGGUAGGUGAGUUGGUUGGAAAUGAAAGCCUUCUAUGCGCUUCACACCAACAACACAAGCUGAUACGCAGUCGUUUAACCAAAUAUUUGUUAUCGACUGGGUCUUUGUCUAUGUUCCUUAAACAGUUUGAUGAGUUAGUUAUUCAAAACCUUACAGCCUGGGAGCAUAGAGCAACCACUGUUGUUCUACACGAAGCACUUAAGAUAGCUAGUGAAGCGAUGUGCAAAAUGUUAAUGAGCAUAGACAAUGGGCCUAAACUAGAGCUUUUGAGGAAGGAAGUCAUUCAUGUUUGCGAAGCUAUGCUUGCAUUCCCACUCAGAUUUCCAGGCACCCGAUUUUAUAUGGGUCUUCAGGCAAGAAAAAGGAUAAUGAGCAUGAUUGAGAAGGAAAUUAGUGAAAGGAGAAGUGGUUUGGGAGUGUGCCGUGAAGAUUUUCUUGAACAUUUGUUGGGAGAUGAUGACCAUAAAGGGUGUCAUGAUGAUGCUACAAAUACAAAUAGCUCAACAUUAUCAGAUGCAGAGAUUCAAGACAACAUCCUAACCAUGAUCAUUGCAGGUCAAGAUACAACGGCUAGUGCUAUCACAUGGAUGGUCAAAUACUUGGAUGAGAACCAAGAGGUCCUUCACAAACUAAGGAAUGAACAAUUUCAAGUGGCUAGCAAAACACCAACCGGGUCGUUUCUCACAUUGGAAGAUCUAAACGACAUGCCGUAUGCAUCUAAGGUUGUGAAAGAAUCCUUAAGAAUGGCAUCAGUAGUACCCUUUUUUCCAAGACUGGCUCUCCAUGACUGUGAGAUAGAAGGAUUUAAAAUACAAAAAGGAUGGAAUGUUAAUAUUGAUGCUAGGGCAGUGCAUCUUGAUGGUACAGUGUACAAUGAUCCAAGCAAGUUCAACCCUUCAAGAUUUGAGGAUGAAUCAAAGCCUUAUAGCUUCUUAGCUUUUGGGAUGGGAGGGAGGACAUGCCUUGGAAUAAACAUGGCUAAAGCCAUGAUGCUUGUUUUUCUCCACCGCCUUAUCACAACCUACAGGUGGAAGGUGAUUGACCAAGACUCAAGCAUUGAGAAGUGGGCAAUGUUUUCAAGACUAAAAAGUGGGUGUCCAGUGAUAGUGACACCGAUCACAUACGCAUCAGCAUAAACAAUGUUGGAUGCUAUUGUGUAAUUAGAUAUGUAAAUACAAGCAGCUCAAUUCUGAAAACUGCUAAUUAAGAGUGUUAAUUUUUUUCUUUUGGGAGGGACAAAUGCUUAAUUUCGUGUAUGUAACUUUUUUUUUUUUUUGCUGAGACUCGUGUAUGUAACUUAUUGGGCAGUUCCAUUAGUUGAAAUUAGAUAGGGUACUGUUUUUAUAUAAA